AUGUACAUUCAGUCCCUCAUUAGCCCGGCGCUCCGCGUAGUACUGCCACUUGCGUUCCUUUCCACCGUUUAUCUGUAUUUGUACCCUGUCGUUCACGGCUGCGCCUUUCCUAGCACCGAUGGCUCUUUAGUCGCCUCCUUCCGCGACACAGUCGCUCAGCACUUCUCCUCCGAGCACCACGACACGACGAGUCCGGGCUCUUCCCUCGCACCUUUUCGACUGCUUGUUCUGGCAGAUCCGCAAAUCGAGGGGGACAGCAGUCUCCCAAAGCCAGAGGAUACCCUAGUGCCGCGCUUGCGAGCGCGUUGGGACUCCGUCGUGCUCGCAGAAAAGGAGGAUAGAACUACAGUCGCACUUGCGGCCCUGUGGACGAUCAUAUCUCAUGAUGUGCCGCAAUUUCUGGAAUCGAUCCGGAAGCGGAUCGACCUGUUCGGCAACGACUUCUACCUUCAGCACAUCUACCGUACCCUGAACUGGUGGUCGAGACCGUCACACGUGACAGUUCUUGGAGACCUCAUCGGGAGUCAAUGGGUUAGCGAUGACGAGUUUGAAUGGAGAGGUUGGAGGUACUGGAAUCGAGUGUUCGCUGGCGCGGAGAAAGUUGAUGAAAGUAUAAUAACACCCGAGGAGGAGCAGAAAGAGACGAUCUUUGCGAUAGACGACGAAGAUUGGAAGAAGAGGAUCAUCAACAUUGCUGGAAAUCAUGAUAUUGGUUAUGCUGGCGAUAUCUCAGAAGCUAAAAUCGAGAGAUUUGAGCGGAUGUUUGGCAAGGUAAACUGGGACAUACGCUUUGAGUAUCCGACAAGCUCCAACGAAACUGAGGACGCCAAACCACCAUCCUUGCACAUGGUGGUGCUGAACAGCAUGAUGUUGGAUACACCUGCUCUUUCGACUGAUAUUCAGUCCGCGACCUACGCAUAUCUGAACUCAGUCAUAACACAUCGCUCGCGGCCUGUUGAGGACAAGACAUCUUUUUCGUUGACACUCACACAUCUUCCACUCUUCAAAAAGGCUGGCGUUUGUGUUGAUCCUCCUCACUUUGACUUCUGGCCGAACGUUGACAGCGGUGGAGUUUUCCACCCUCACGGCCUCAGGGAGCAGAACCACUUGAGCCGGCAUGCGAGCGAGCCAGGCCUUCUCGAGUCCAUAUACGGCAUGAAGGGCGACGUUGCGGCGGCGGGCCUGGGCAAGGGUCGCAGUGGGUUGAUCCUAAACGGCCACGAUCACGAAGGGUGCGAUACGUUUCACUACAUACCAGUGGACGGGACUUGGAAUUCGAGUGCAGAGCCUAUACAGGAGAGGAAGACUCGUUGGAAGGUGUCCAGGUGGACUGAGGUGAAAGCCGAGAGAACAUAUACUGGUGUAAGGGAGGUCACUUUGCGUAGCAUGAUGGGUGAGUUUGGUGGCAACGCAGGACUCUUGAGCGCUUGGUUCGAUUUCGGGGCCGGUGAAUGGCGGUACAGCAUACAGACUUGCAAGCUCGGCACUCAGUAUAUUUGGUGGGCGGUACACAUCCUUGACCUGAUUGCAGGUGCAUUGGUCGUUGCAGCGGCUGUUUCGAGCAUGAUUUCGGAAAGGCAAAGGCAGGCCCAAUCAAGUGACAGUCAAAAGGUGACGGCUCAGAAGGCCAACAAGGAUAAGAAGGCAUGA